AGUAUUCAUCACCAUGUCAGUAACCGAUAAGGAUGUCGAUGAUUUAUACUGCGAAGUUAAAGCUCGGUAUACUUUUACUUUUGAUUUAAAGGAUAAACAAAAAGAACAAAAUGAAAAUGUUAUGAAUAGGCCUACAUCAGAUUGCUUUGCUUUGCUACCAACUGGUCAUGGAAAAAGCGUUUGUCUACCAUCUCUUCUAAUGCAUCAGAAACUAGGUGUGCAAUGCACUGCGUUGAUCAUCACACCAUCGAAGACUCUCAUGGACAAUCAAGUUGUGGAACUACGUGCCAAAGGUAUAACCGCCGCCGGAAUCAAGCAAGGAAUCUCUGAUGCUGAAAAAGAGGAUGUUUUUGCGGGUAGGGUCACACAUUUGUUUGCAAUCCCCAAAGCCCUACGUGAAGGUAACUGGAGAAAGGUUUUAUUGAAUUUGUACAACCAAAAACUUCUGCUGCAGGCAUGCGAUGAGGCACACACUGUGUCGGAGCGGGGACUUGAUUUUAGGCCGACCUACAGACAAGUAACAUUGGUGACUUCUAUCCUUGAUGCACCCAUCUCGGCUGUGACAGCAACUGCCACUUAAGCAGUGUACUCAGAUAUUUGU